AACAGCGCCCCCAGCGGGGUUUCCUGGAAAAUAAACCGCGCAGCCUGGCGGUUCUGCUCAGAUCUCGGGAACCGAGUCCACCCAGAACCACUGCAGCAGCUGCAUGAGAGAUGGGGGAGAAGUUGAUGAUUAUUGAUACAGACUGCGGUAUCGAUGAUGCCCAGGCGAUAAUGCUGGCACUGGCUGCCCCCAGCGUGAGAGUCCUGGGCCUCACCUGCUGCUUCGGGAAUACUGAUGUGGAGAACGUCUGUCAGAAUGUUCUGCGGGUUUUGACCGUCUGCCAGCGCACUCAGAUCCCAGUUUUCCGAGGUUCAGCUGGGCCGCUGGUCGGAGCUGUAAAACCAUUUCAGGAUCAUUUUGGGACGGAUGGACUCGGGGACAUACUGGAGCACAGGGACUUGGACAUCUGGAAAGAUCAGGUCCAGGAGGAGCACGCCGUUAACGCACUAAUCAGACUGGUGAAUGAACACUCGGGACAGGUGUCGUUGGUGGCGCUCGGCCCGCUCACUAAUCUGGCGCUGGCUGUCCGGUUAGACCCGACUUUCCCGCAGAAACUAAAGAAUCUGUACAUCAUGGGGGGAAAUAUGGAAGGUAAGGGAAAUGUGACACCAAGUGCCGAGUUUAACUUCAUCAUGGACCCGGAGUCCGCCUACAUCGUACUGGAGGAAUACCAGUGUCCCACCAGUAUCGCCACCUGGGAGUUCACCUGCAGGAACAAACUCACCUGGGAGUUUUUUGAUGAGCUAGUGGGUCAGGACUCGGCUCCAGCCCGGUUUAUGAAGCGGGUCACGUCCCGGUGCUGGGCAUUCUCUCGGGAUGCGGGCGUGGGGAUGAAGGAGGCAUUCUUUGGCCCAGGGUUCGUUCCUUACGAUGCGUACGCGAUGGCAGCGUGUGUGGAUGGCAGUGUGGUCACUGGGCAGCAGGAGUAUGCAGUCCGUGUGGAGUUACUGGGAGAACUGGGUCGGGGGUUCAUGGCCCUGGACCCAACCAACAAGCUGAAGAAGAGCCACCGUGUGUCUGUGAUGACGAGCUGUGACCUCAGCAGGUUUAAAUCCAUGCUGAUGAGGUCACUACAGCAGCCAUGACAUCAUCCUCCUCAUCUGGACCCAGAGAACCAUUCUGAUCUCGUCUGAUCCCAGAACCAGAAAACUUGUAUUUUAUCACAUUACAGCCACGAACAAAUAUAUUUCAUUGGAAUUUAAUUUGGAAGACCAACACAAAUUGGUAUACAACUAUGAAGAAAAUGUUGCAUGAUUCAAAGCAUUUCUUACAAAUAAAAAACUGAAAAGUGUGGUGUGCAAAA